AUGGGCUCUCUGAAACUCGGCUUCCCUCAGGCACGCCGCGCCUUCGGCGCCGGCGGGUCCGCCGCCGCCGUGUCCCUCCAACGCGGCCGCUCGUCGGCGCCGUCGCACGGCCAGUCCAACGCGGGCGUCUACAUCGCCGGCGGCCUGGGCCUGGGCCUCGGCCUCUGGCUGUUCCCGCCGUCCAACGAGUACGCGCGGUCGUCGUCGGCCUACUGGUCCCUGGCCGACUGGGGCGCCGGGGUCCUGCGCGACGGCGUCGGCGACGCGGAGACAGCGCACGGCUACGCGCUCGCGGGCCUGCACCUCGGCUUCGGGCCCGUCGCCGCCGCGCCGGAGGACGCGCUCAAGACGAGGCUCUUCGGCCUCGAGUUCCCGUCGCCCGUCGGCGUCGCCGCGGGCUUCGACAAGCGCGGCGAGGCCGUCGCCGCGCUGGGCGACCUGGGCUUCGGCUUCGUCGAGGUCGGAGGCGUCACGCCGGAGCACCAGGACGGGAACCCGCGGCCGCGCGUCUUCCGGCUCAAGGACGACGAGGCCGUCGUCAACUUCGUCGGCCUCCCCUCCGAGGGCGUCAACGCCGUCGCCGCGCGGCUCGACCACGCGCGCGCGCUCGGGCCGAAGGCGCUCGUUGGCGCGAACAUCACGAAGAACGCGUCGACGCCCGCCGGCGCGGCGGCCGUCGCGGACCACGUCGCCGUCGCCGAGGCCCUCGCGGGCUACGUCGACUUCGUCGUCGUCAACGCGAGCUGCCCGAACGUCAAGGGCGGCGUCGUGAGCGUCGGCGCGAUGCCGGAGCUGCUCCGGGCGACCAAGGCCGCGCUCGGCGGCGUGCCCCUGCUCCUCAAGUGCAGCCCGGACCUGGGCGCGUCCCAGGUCGCGGCCAUCGCCAAGCUCGCCGUGGACCUGCCCCUCGACGGCCUCGUCGUCGCGAACACGACCGCGCGGCGGCCCGCGACGGACGCGGACGAGCCGGGGCGGCCGCGGCUCUUCUACGGCGAGCUGCGGUCCAAGGACGUGCCCGACCGCGGCGGCCUCAGCGGGCCGCCCCUCCGGGACAACGCCGUGCGCCUCGUCCGCGACUUCUACGCCGCGACGGGCGGCGCGGUGCCCAUCGUCGGCGUCGGCGGCGUCGCGUCCGCGGCGGACGCCUACGCCCUCGUCAAGGCCGGCGCGUCCCUCGUCCAGCUCUACACGGCGCUCGUCUACCACGGGCCGAGCCUCGCGCCCAAGCUCCGCGACGGCCUCGCGGACCUCGCGCGCCGCGACGGCUUCGAGACGGUCCAGGCCGCCGUCGGCGCGGACCACAAGUGGUGGAAGCCCGAGCGCCGGGCGCCCUGGUGGGCCGUCUGGCGGCGGUGA